AGGAAAAUAAAUCAAGUCAGGAUUAGAGCACCGGCAGAGAGAGACGACACAUUUAAAAGCAGAGAUGUUCCGCAAUCAGUACGACAACGAUGUGACAGUGUGGAGCCCGCAGGGCCGUAUUCAUCAGAUCGAGUAUGCCAUGGAGGCAGUGAAACAAGGCUCUGCAACUGUAGGACUCAAAUCGAAAACCCAUGCAGUCCUGGUUGCCCUAAAGAGAGCCCAGUCUGAACUGGCUGCCCACCAGAAGAAGAUCCUCCAUGUUGACAACCACAUCGGCAUCUCCAUCGCUGGACUUACUGCUGACGCCAGACUGCUCUGUAACUUCAUGCGUCAGGAGUGCCUGGACUCCAGAUUUGUCUUCGACAGGCCCCUCCCCACGUCACGUCUCGUCUCUCUUGUUGGCAGCAAAACCCAAAUCCCAACACAGAGGUAUGGAAGGAGGCCCUAUGGUGUAGGACUCCUCAUUGCUGGUUUUGAUGACAUGGGACCUCACAUCUUCCAGACCUGCCCAUCAGCCAACUACUUUGACUGCAAAGCCAUGUCAAUCGGAGCGCGCUCUCAGUCUGCACGCACCUACCUGGAGAGAUGCAUGGACAAGUUUUCUGACUGUAAUCUGAAUGAGCUGGUGCAGCAUGGCCUCCGUGCUCUGAGAGAAACCCUCCCCACCGAGCAGGACCUCACCACCAAGAAUGUUUCCAUUGGCAUCGUGGGGAAGGACAUGGAGUUCAUCAUUUAUGAUGAUGAUGAUGUUGCCCCCUUCCUGGAGGGACUGGAGGAGAGGCCACAGAGAAAGGUUGCCCAGCCCGCAGAUGAACCUGCUGGAGAGGCACCCGAUGAGCCAAUGGAGCACUGAGGCAGCGAUUCCUGCAGAUCCCAGACCAACCUGACACUUAACUGCAACUCACCAGAGUAAUUCUUAGAGGGGAAAGUUGUUGUUGUGAUGUGCCACUUGCUAAACUGUUCCAAAUAUCCAAAAUAUUCUCUGCUGACAUCAGCCAGUGUGAUGUUGCUUUUGUAUGAGUAAAGUCCAUUAUACAAGUAAUAAACUCUUUUUUUGAAUUGU